AUGAGUGGGUUGCUUCCAGAUGUGCCAUACCGUGAUUAUCAGGUUAACGCUAUAUACUCAUUUCUUCAACAUGAUCCUGAGUUGACCUUUUCAAAUAUUGUAUUACAGGGUGCUACUGGUACUGGUAAAACUUAUAUUAUGAAGAAAUUUUUUGAAUAUAAUCCUGAGUUUAUUUCAGUUUGGCUACAUCCUAUAGAGUUGGUUUCUUGGAAGCCAUUAAUGCAGGCUAUCUUAAGGUCAACACAACAGAAGCUUAAACAAUUGUAUCCAGAUAUUGAAGCACAGGAAUAUGAUCCAUUAGAUGUCGAAGACCCAUAUCAGCUUCUGACAUUGUUGGAGAGUGUUCUUGAAGAAUACUCAAAAGUUGAUAUGAAAUCUAAUUUAAUUAUAAUAUUUGAUGGUUUGGAUAAAUUGCAAGAUCUCGAUGCAAGCGUCCUAUUUAAGUUAAUGAAAUUCCUUGAACUACUCCCAGAUGAAUAUAACAUUCAGUUGAAAUUUGUGUAUCUAAUACAAGAUUCUUCAAUUCUUGAUAGAUACGCCUCAUGUUUAUUACCUACAAUUGUAUUCCCAAGAUAUACAGUCGAUGAAGUAACAGAAAUUCUGAUUCUAACAAGAACAAAUGAUUUAAUCAAUUCCGAUGCAUUUAGGAACUGUAUUUUGACACAAGUAAUUGACAACUGUGAUGAUGAUCAAUUCUGUAAAGUUGCCAUGAAUUUUAUUACUCUUAUCAUACAAGCCUUCCAUCCGUAUACAGGUAAUGAUAUUGAUACCCUAAAUGAUUUGAUAGACUUUAAGUGGGACCAAUACAUUGAACAAAUUACCAAAGAAAAUAUUUUGGACCCAGUUGCACUUUAUCGUAGCACAAGUAAGAUCUUUAUUUCAACUGAAGAUAAUUUAGGUGAUGAUGAUAAUGACGAGGACGUUGGAGCAGAUGAAGAAAAUAAUGGUAAGGAGGUUUUCCAAACCUAUGAGCUAUCGACUAUUUCAAAAUAUUUAUUGAUUGCCGCAUAUAUUUGUUCAUAUCUUGAAGCUCGUUAUGACAGUAGUGUAUUUUCCAAGAAGAGCAAUAUAAAAUCAGGCAGAAUCUCAUAUGGUAGAAGAAAGAAGAAAGAGGUUAACCCUAGAUAUUUGGCACCUUCUAUAUUUUCAUUAGAAAGAUUAUUUGCAGUUUUUCAAGCAAUUUAUCCAGUAGAAUUUAAAACAGAAAGUGGUACCUUAAGCUCACUUCGAGAAGAUAAACUAAUCAAGGCAAACAUGGAGGUAUUCCAAAAUUUGGCGGAACUACAUUCGUUGAAAUUAGUAGCCACUGCAGUUACCAAAAAUAUUGAUUUCUUAUCUCCUAAAGUUAAAUGGAAAGUUAACGUUCCAUGGGAAAUUAUCAAUGAAAUAUCAGAAUCAGUUAAAUUUGAUUUAGGUUUGUAUUUUAGUAAUUUACAUGAUUGA